GAUUUGUUUAUGUUUCUUCGUCUUCUUCUUCUUCUUCUUAGCGGAGAAUUCAAUUUUUUUUUCUGAUCUGCUCCAGACUUCCAGUCAUCCUUUCUCACUCUCACGAAAGAUCUGAUUAUGAUUACGGUCUCUCUGAAGCAUACAAUGUUUCCAUGAAAGGCUGAAACUUUUAUUUUUUUUGGAAUCGUCAUCACUCUGUUUUCGAGAGUUUUCUCGAAUUUCGAUCAUGGCGAGAGGAAGAGCGGGUGAGAAAGAGGAAGGCGAAAAGCACAUAGGGUUACUAAAACUGGCUCAAACGCUGUCGUUUCUGCUCAUAUUCAUGGCCGGGAUCAUCAUCGGCCUCGCCGCUAGCUCCCACAUCGAUCGCUACUUCAACUCCCUGCCCACGACGGCGUUCUCCUCCUCCUCCUCCGCAGCCCUGCAAACGGUUCCCGAUUACUCCAACUGCACGGUCGUCCACCGGGACUGCGCAGGCGGCGACGACGAGAAUCACGACGACGACGCGGCGAAACGGAAGGAUCGGGACUGCUGGAGCGUCGAGGGGUUUGUGCGGCCGGAGAAUCUGAGCCACGGGAUGAGUGACGACGAGCUGUUCUGGAGAGCGUCGAUGGUUCCGGUGAAGGAAGGGUAUCCGUACGAGAGGGCUCCGAAGGUGGCGUUUAUGUUUCUGACGAGAGGGCCUUUGCCUAUGCUUCCGCUCUGGGAGAAGUUUUUUAGAGGGAAUGAGAAGUAUUUGUCGGUUUAUGUUCAUACGCCUCCCGGUUACGACAUGAAUGUCUCGAGUGGUUCGGCGUUUUACGACCGGCAGAUCCCGAGCCAGAAAGUUGAAUGGGGAUCUCCACUACUAACAGAUGCAGAGAAGCGUCUUCUAGCCAACGCAUUGCUCGACUUCUCAAACGAGCGUUUCAUUCUUCUCUCAGAAAGCUGCGUCCCCGUCUACAACUUCUCAACUGUCUACUCUUACCUAAUAAACUCUGCUUACAGCUUUGUGGACUCUUACGACGAGCCCACACGUUACGGCCGUGGGCGUUACAGCCGCAAGAUGCUCCCAGACAUCAAACUACAUCACUGGCGUAAAGGGUCUCAGUGGUUUGAAGUAAACCGCAAAAUCGCCAUAUACAUCAUCUCCGACUCGAAAUACUACUCCUUGUUCAAACAGUUCUGCAGACCGGCUUGUUACCCUGACGAGCAUUACAUCCCAACGUUCUUGAACAUGUUUCACGGUUCGGUGAACGCGAAUAGAAGCGUGACGUGGGUGGAUUGGUCCAUAGGUGGUCCGCAUCCAGCUACGUAUGGGGCGGAUAAUAUCACGGAAGGGUUUCUACAAUCAAUAAGGAAGAACGAGACUGAUUGUCUUUAUAAUCAAGAGCCAACUUCUUUGUGCUUCCUUUUUGCUAGGAAGUUUGCUCCUAGUGCCUUAGCUCCUCUUAUGACCUUGAGCUCUACAGUGAUGGGGUUUUGAAGGAAAAAACAGCUGAUUUUUUCUCUCUUCAUCUUUCUACUUUUUAUAGAGAUGAGAUGAGAGAUUCUUCUACGAGACACAUACUUAGGACUUCUUUUGGUUAUGGUCACUUCUUUUUGUAUGUAGGAGUUUUGCUUCUGCCGACCUGCAGAGCUAAUAGCUAAUCUAGUUAUAGAUUACCAACAUCUAUUCUUUUUCAUCAACUUUUUUGGAAAAAUGAAAUUACAGUGCGAGAGUUUUCACUGAUA